AUGAACACCUUUGUAUUGUCGACAGUGUUCGCUAUUUUGUUUGUAUCUUUGGCCACUGCUGAUAGCGAAACCUUCGAGGAAUUGUUUCAACCCGAAAUGCCCAGCAUGCGAGCCCGGAUAGCGUCGAGCAGCAGGUUUUGGGGGAAACGUGACACCGCUCGAGCCCGAAUCGCCGCAUCCCGAAUUUUCCGAGGACGACGAUCGAUGGGAAUGGAGGAGACACCAGAAAGCGACGGGGAUGCGGCCAAUUUGGAGCAACAGCAGCAGCAGCUGUCUUCUGCCGAAGCACCGAUUUGGCUGAUCCCCUCCGCCGAUUACUACGAACGGACGGCCAAAGCGAUGAGGCCGAAUCUACACAUUUCAAGCCGGUUUUGGGGUCGAAAG